UAUUUUUUUUUUAUUUCGCCUUACUGUUUAUUAUUAAAUUAAAUUUAUUUAUUUUUUAUUGUUCGUUUCAUAAAAAAUAUGGAAGCGAAAUGAUUUUCUCUGGUUACAAAUUCGAUAUUUUCGAAAUUUUCGAUCAAACAAGUACAAACGUAAACGGAAAUAUUUGUCUAAAAGCCAUCGCCAUCUUCGACCAAAAAGAAAAGGAACCGCCACCUUUAUUACUCACAACCGAAAUGACAAAAUGUCAUGUUUAUCACUGUGUGUAAAUCAUGACUGCUGAAUCGAAAAACAGCAAAGCUUCACGAUUUAUUGAGGAUUCGUCAAUAGAGAUAAGCGGAUAUAAAUUUGGCCCUACCAUUGGUCACGGAUCGUAUAGUAAAGUUAAACUGGGCUUUAGUGAGAACGAGCGCAAAAAGGUUGCCAUCAAAAUCCUUGAUUUGACUAAAAUUCCGUCUGAAUUCAGGGAUCGGUUUCUACCAAGAGAGAUUGAAAUAGUUCAAGCGGUUAAACAUCCAAACAUAGCUAAUGUGUAUGAGAUUCUCACCAUCGAAAAAAAGACAUUUAUUAUCAUGGAGUUUGCAAGUCAUGGCACACUGCUGGAGUAUAUCAAUUUGAGAGGGAGUUUAAGCGAGAAUCAUGCCAGAAAAAUGUACAUGCCCAUAGUAAACGCCGUAGAUUACCUUCAUAGGAACCUCAUUGUGCACAGGGACCUGAAGUGUGAAAACAUUAUGUUGGAUGGUGAGAACAACAUUAAACUGACUGAUUUUGGCUUUGCCAGGUAUUUCCGAGACACUGAUAUAUUCAAGACGUUUUGUGGCAGUGCCGCUUAUGCUCCACCAGAAAUAUUACAAGGAAUUCCGUACAGCCCUGUUCUACAUGAUAUUUGGGCUCUCGGCGUGAUUCUUUACAAUAUGAUUUGUGCAGCAAUGCCAUUCGACGAUAGCAACAUUAAGAAAACGAUUUCGGAUCAGCUUCACCAGAGGUUUAACUUUAGAAAGAAGAGGAACAUAUCACGCGCUUGUAAAAGCCUCAUAAAGGGGAUUCUAUGUCCAGACACCGAAACCCGAUUAAAAGUACAGGACAUUCUAAACAGUGCGUGGAUGCAUGAUACUCAUAAAACAGCACCAGUAUCGGCAACAGCUUCAAGAGUGUCCGUUUCUUCUGUGAAUGCCAGACAAACACCUACCAAACAAGUGGGAGGAUACAAAAGCAAAUGUCCGACAUCAAAAAUUGGUGUUAUGUUCCAAAGAGGUUCACUAGCAUAAAGUUAUCCAGACAGAAAUUAAAGUCCCGUCGAGACAACUCGUCAGAUAAAUAAAAUAAGAUACAGUAGAACCUCGCAGUACGAGUGUCUUGUUGUACGAGUAAUUUGCUGUGCGAGCCGAGACUCGUGCGAAUUUUUGUCUCGAAGUACGAGCGGAAAUCCGCAGUACGAGCACACAAAUCGUCCCAUCUUUAAGGCAAUUCAGUUAAUAAAACCAGUUUACAUAUUU